UAGUAGCUUCCCUUGACAUGUAUCAGCUGGCCGAAAGUUGAUAGGACAUUCUUAACCUAAUUUAGGCUAGACAGAAAUAACUGAACUUUCUUAGGGGCGUAGGCUAGGCUAGACUAGAUCUAAAUCUUGGCCAAACCUUGGUUAGAUAUAUCAGAGACAAGCAAGAAGUUCCACUGAUCGCCUGUUCGCUUCUCUCAGUGUUGUGUUCAAGAGGAACUAUUGUGAAGUUCUGCUCUUCAAGCCGACUUCCUUUUUGUGUUGUUCUGCUGCUAUACUAUCGCAGUGAUAGCCCCGGAAUCCACUUGCUGGGUUUAACUUUUGAUCCUUGAAAGACAAUGGCGACUCGGUGGGCUAUCUGCGGGGCGGGGAAAAUCGCCAACGACUUCUGUAUGUGUCUCAAUGCUCUCCCCUCAUCGGAGCAUCAGGGCUACUGGACUCGCUUCUUCCCCGUCUCACAACUGAUCCGGGAACAGAUCAGCUCUGGGGCCAUCGGAGACGUGAAACUUGUCCAGGCCAACUUUUCUAUCCCGAUCGCGGAAGUUCCGCGGCUCAAGCAGCUUGAUCUUGGGGGCGGUGCUCUCAUGGACAUUGGUCUGUACCCCUUUCAGGCGGCGAACAUGGUCUUCAAGGGAAAGCCGCAGAGUAUCAAGUCGGAACUCACGCUUAACGAACAAGGAGAAGUUCAACUUUUUCAACUGUGAGGGUCUGACAUACGAGGCUCAGGCUGUUCGGGAGUGUCUACUCAAAGGUCUGAAGGAGAGCCCCGUAGUGCCGCACGAGGAUAGCGAGACCAACAUGUACAUCCUGCAGCAAGUCCUGGACCAACACGGGAUCAAGUACCUCGCUCCGUAGUUCCUGCACACUGUGUCACUUCCUGGUCGAACAAAGAUCGAAACGUAGAUAAAUACAGGAUUCAUCAAUGUGGUGAAAUCAGGCGCUCGUCAAAAUCAUUAAAUCGAAGAAAUCCUGCGCAUUUUUUUACCAGUUUGGAAAUUUCUUUUGAAUUUUUGUUUUUUGGCCCAACACCACUUGUUUGUCCGUUCAGAAUCACUUUUACGCAUGGAUUUUAUGAAAAAUCGUUAAUUAAAGGCACAAAAAAUGUAAAUUUGCAGUUUCCAAGGAUUCUUGAGCUAUGGAAGUCACCAAACUUUGGCGGCCAUUUUCUCACUAAUUUUACUUUUGAAACCAGGUGACCCCACCUCCUUCAAUCGCAAAUAUCGCGACUUCUAUUCAAGAUAAAUGGAUAUUUUUUUUCAUCAAAAGCAAGGCAUAUGAACAAUUUUUAAAACGAUACCAAUAACUCAUUAUGCCCCCAAAACUGACAAGCGCCUGAUUCCACUGCGUCUUGACACAUAUUAUGUUUUGAAGGUUCACAAGUGCCUUAAGAAUGGGUUGCUCAGAAAGGAUUGUCAAUGAAGUUCUUGCGUUUUCCAUUUUAUAAGAUUCUAGUUAGUCUCAAAUCACAUACACAUGUUCACGUUUUUCCAUUAAAAUAAAAGAUAUUGAAAUAAAAGUUUAUGUUAUAUUAUAUUCUGUUUUUUUGUACAGAAGCUUGCACGUUCUACCAAGCUUGGUUCUGAUACAGUGAAAAUGAUUAUUAAAGUUUCCAGUUGAAUUUUGUAAUUGUGGUUUAAUUGCUCCUUCUUUCCUAUCAAACGUCUAUCGUCCUAAUCUCCCCUCCUCCUUUUUUGUGUUUGUUACUCUCUUCUUACACAUUAUCUAUUCUUCGGCACUUAUAUAACCUUAUUGUGUUGCAAGUGCCAUAAAACUCUUACUUAAACGAAAAAAAAAGAAUUUCCUUGGUCAGUUUCAGAAUGAAAAGCAGAUGAAGAGUUGUGAUGUAUAAUGUGUCCGAUAUAUUAUAUAUAUAACAAAAAUGAAAUGUAUCCAUCUCUGACAGGUUAUGGAGCUUUUAUUUGAAGUGGAUGGGAGUUAUGGGAUGAAAUAAACAGUUGUCUGAAAAACAUCAA